AUGAAACCUCUCAUCAUCCUGCUGGUGCUGUUCGGCCUGGUCGCCAGCUCAGGGAUCUCCUCAUCAGUGAUUGACUUGAAUGAGAAGUUCCUGGAUGUGAAAGACGAUGGAUUCUGGUUUAUUAAGUUCUACGCUCCGUGGUGCGCCCACUGCAAGAAGUUGGCGCCCGUCUGGGAACAUGUCGGCCAUGCCAUGACAAAUAUGGCACAACCGAUCAGGAUUGCAAAGGUCGACUGCACGCGCUUCCCCUCGGUUUGCCAGGAGCUCCACAUCCACGCAUACCCUACCCUCGUCUUCUUCCGAAAUGGUAAGACAUUCAACUAUGAGGGCGAACGACGGAAGGAAUCGAUGGUAGACUAUGCAAUCAAGGCGGCCGCCCCCUUGGUUCAAGACAUCAAGGAUAUGGUGAUGCUCAACGAGAUUCGCCAAAAAUCACGGGAUGAUCCCUCAUUUGCCUUCAUCGACUAUGAAACGAUUGGAGAUGACGAGCAGCUGAAGGUUCUUCGGGAUGACUUCGAUUUGGCGGCUGAGACUUUGUUUGGAAAAACGCGCUUUUACAAGAUUCGGCACUCAAUUGUUCCCACCGAACUUCGCGAAGAAAACGAUGCUCGCGUCGUCGCGUUCAAGGAUGCGCCACCGACACUAUUCCGGGGUGUUCCUGAUGACCUUCACAAGUGGAUCCUUGGCAACAGGUGGCCAUUGCUACCGCAAGCUAUCGGCCCAAAUAUUGCCGAUCUCUCGUCGGGUGGAAAGUUGUUGGUCCUGCUGGUGCUUGCCGAGACCGAAAAGGGCACCCCAACGUCAGCUGUUUCCAAAAUGUAUCAAGAGGGGUUGGAAGCGGCUCGUCUUGUGCGUGAAGACAAGGAAUUGAACGAUCGCUACCAGUUUGCGUGGCUUGAUGGCAAUGAUAUUGCUAAUAAUAUUGUGAUGGGAACGAUUGAAAUACCCGAUAUAUUACUCUUUAAUUACACGUCCUACGAAUACUACCUGAACACCGACGCCGGAAACCGAAUUACAGCAAAGUCCAUCGUUGAAUGGCUGAGGCAAAUGACAGGCGAAGAUAUCCAACCACUUGGUGGACGCGGAAUGAUCCAACGGACCAAGCGGAUAUUCUACGAGGUUUUCACCCAGGUACACAACAUGUUCGCCACGCAACCCCUGCUCACCACGUGUCUCUUCGGGGUCCCGAUUGCCUUCCUUUCGAUCAUCUGUUAUUCGAUAUGUUCGGCAGACUUCUCCGUCGAUAGAGAUGAAGUCUACCCGGAUAGCGAGUUCUCAGACGAGGGUGAUGAAGAGAUUGACGGGCGCCACAGCGAAGACGAAAACUCACCGAUUGACCCCUCGCACGCGAAAUCCGAA